GUGACGGUGCUGUUAUGGUGACGCUGCGGCCCGGAUAGCGGGAGCGAGUCGUGGUUUCCUUUUCUUCCUGGGCCGGGAGAGCCGACGGCAACAUGUCGGCCUCUGCCGUUUACGUGCUGGACCUGAAGGGGAAGGUCCUAAUCUGUCGGAAUUAUCGAGGAGACGUGGAAAUGUCAGAAAUAGAACAUUUCAUGCCUAUUCUGAUGGAAAAGGAGGAAGAAUGCUCUCUGACACCCAUCUUGUCGCACGGGGCAGUUCGAUUCAUGUGGAUUAAACACAACAACCUAUAUCUUGUUGCAACCUCCAAGAAGAAUGCAUGUGUUUCACUGGUGUUCGCUUUUCUCUAUAAGGUAGUUCAGGUAUUUUCUGAGUAUUUUAAGGAGCUAGAAGAAGAAAGUAUUCGUGAUAACUUUGUUAUAAUCUAUGAGCUGCUUGAUGAGUUAAUGGACUUUGGUUACCCACAAACGACUGACAGCAAGAUCUUACAGGAGUACAUCACUCAAGAAGGUCACAAACUAGACACAGGGGCUCCUCGCCCACCAGCAACAGUUACCAAUGCAGUGUCUUGGAGAUCAGAGGGGAUUAAAUAUCGCAAGAAUGAAGUGUUUCUCGAUGUUAUUGAAUCUGUCAACCUGCUGGUAAGUGCUAAUGGAAAUGUAUUACGUAGUGAAAUUGUGGGCUCCAUCAAAAUGCGAGUGUUCCUGUCAGGAAUGCCAGAGCUGAGACUUGGACUAAAUGACAAAGUAUUGUUUGAGAACACAGGCCGAGGGAAAAGCAAAUCUGUAGAGUUAGAAGAUGUGAAAUUUCACCAAUGUGUACGGCUGUCGAGAUUUGAGAAUGACAGAACGAUAUCUUUCAUUCCACCUGAUGGAGAGUUUGAGCUGAUGUCUUAUCGUUUAAAUACACACGUCAAACCUCUAAUUUGGAUCGAGUCUGUGAUUGAGAAGCAUUCCCACAGCCGGAUUGAAUACAUGAUUAAGGCCAAGAGUCAAUUCAAACGUAGAUCGACAGCCAAUAAUGUUGAGAUUCACAUUCCAGUCCCUAAUGAUGCAGAUUCGCCCAAGUUUAAGACCACCGUGGGAAAUGUGAAGUGGGUGCCAGAAAGCAGUGAAAUUGUGUGGUCGAUCAAGUCAUUUCCAGGUGGGAAGGAGUAUCUGAUGAGAGCACAUUUUGGGCUUCCUAGUGUGGAAGCUGAAGAUAAGGAGGGGAAGCCCCCGAUCAGCGUGAAGUUUGAAAUUCCUUAUUUUACCACUUCAGGAAUACAGGUUCGCUACCUAAAGAUCAUCGAGAAAAGUGGCUACCAGGCUUUACCAUGGGUUCGUUAUAUUACUCAGAAUGGAGACUACCAGCUGAGGACACAGUGAAGCAAGAUGGCAACUGAAAAUUGGUUGGGAGAAGGGAUCUGAUUCAAUGGAUUGUAUUGGUGUAUUCAUCAUGUUUCAGGUCACUGUCAGAACAUUGACUUUAUGAAGAAGGUAAAGCAUGUUAAAUGCACUCAUUCAUGGACUGAAAGGAAAACAGGCACCGUUUGUCCCCUUGUCUCUACCCCAUCCAUCCUGAUGCCAUCAUCAAAUCUUCCUCUUACUCCUUGGUCCCUAUGAAUAAGUAGGCUAAGUUUUUUUUACUUUGUCAAUGAGCACCUGAGCAAGUGAAACCAUCAGCCUGAAUUUCAGCUUGAACUUUAAGCACUCACCUUGAAUGUUCUUGAUGGGUUCAAAUGUUGUUCUCUUUGCUCAACAAUUGUGUAUUGAUGCGAGCAGCAUUUUCAUUGCCUGAAAGUUAUGCGCUAUGUGUAUUGUUUUGUUUCAAUUACCAAGUGCUGCAUUAAAAUAAAAUACCCAUGGUCAUGAUGGGGAAAGUUACCCUUCCUUUAACCCCCAUCUAAUUUUAGACAGGUACAAAGGUAAAACAGCACACAACUGUCCUCACAAGGGCAAAAAUGUGCUCCAGGUUUCCUCCAAAUCUUUGUUUUUUUUUCUGCAGAAUAUAACAAAAGUCAUAGUUAUCAUAUAACAGUUGUACCCAGAGGUUUAAGAACUAGUAUAACUUUUCAAUGGAACCCAUUCAAAUUGGCCAAUAGACAGUGGAAUUUGAAUUUUGCCUUGUCCGUUACUAACUUCAGCACUGAGUUGUAGCUACCCUGGGCAGAUCCAGUUCACCGCAGAAUGACCAAUGCUUUCCUCUCUCAAUCUCUGUCUUCCUUUUUCUCACACUUAUUCUCACUCUCGAGCUCACUGUUGCUGUCUCUCUCCUCUAAUCCCCCCCGCCAAUUCCACAUUAUACACCUUUUUCCACCAUUCGGUCUGCCUUUCAAUAUCAAAUAUCCAAAUUCAGCCCACCUUUGUCUCCAAGAAGAAAAUGCAUUAAUUUGAUUUUUGAAGAGAACAGUAUUAACUUUAUUGUUAUACCAUUAAAAGUGCUAAACAGAGCCACUGCUAUGUGCACCCCCAGUCAGAACAAUGCUGUUCUGCUGACUGAGAGCUGAUUGUGGUCUCGUCUCUCAGUGCAAAACAAUAAGAGAUUUAAAAUAAAAGUCCUUAAACAACAGGUAACAAGCGGCUGCUCAGUUAGUAGGGGUCACUUCAAAGGGGGUGUUGUCAACAGUUGUAUAUUUUGUAUGCUGCUGUGUUUUAAAAUAUAUACGUAUGUGUGUAAUCUAUAUAAAUGUUUAAAUACAGUGUUAGAAAGAGUGCUAUCAUUGAUCCUUAACAUUUUGUAUAUUUGUAUUGUUGGGUUAGACUGCAUUGUCCAGCUCCACCAUGACUGUGCCAAGACUGGCCAUGAAGGCAGGAACCCAUUGAGUUUUUGAAUCCUCUCCUGGCUGAAUAGCUAGUUUUAGGGCACAGUUGGGUGAGAUAGUGGGGAGCUGCCACUGGGGUAGCACCAUGAGCCAACACUGAUCAAUGUGUGUUGCCUUGUAGGCCCAAUAUAGGCAUGGGGUUGUCUAGUAAUCUGCACAGGUAUAGCUCUUCAAAAACUCAUUCUCUUGCGAUACUGUAGAAGGCUCUCUCUCCAUAGAUGAAUUAGCCCAGUAAAAAACAAAAUAUUUCAGAGAAUUGAAAAAGGAAGGAAGGAAUCAUUUGUGCUAAGUCUGGAGGUAUAUGUUUAUUUCUGGAUGGUGUAUUUGUAAGUCUUUGUCUUUGGGUGUUAGUCAGUGUUGUCCUCCAGCAAAUUGGCAGCACUGAUGCAGAAAUGUGCUUAGUGCUGCCUUUGGUGGUGAUCUUGUAUUGCACACUCGUAAAGCAACCUGGACGGAUAGCUUAAAGUAUCCUUGAAGUCUCAGGUCACAGAGACACAGAUAUGUAUCGAGCCUCCGCUUCUAGGUUUGGAGUAUUGUAGACUGGUCUACGUAUACCAUUUUAUCCCUAUUCCUUUUGAUUUAAAAAAAAGAAUUUCUUUGCCUACAUUUUGCUUCUCAAGUUUUUUUGUCUUGGAGUGAUAUUUUUACCCAAGACCAGGAAAGGUCAAACACUGCAAUCUUUAAACAUGCCCUGGAAUAUCAUUGCAGGGUGGGGUAGUCAGCUUUCUGCUUCUUGUCACUGCAGGUGGUAGCUGUUCAGUAAAAGAUGUGUUUACAUAAACCACUGUUUUCCUUUACUGCUGCACCCAGAGUGAGUCAAACAGUGCCAACUUUUUGUUGCUGACUAGUAAAUUGAUUGGCCAUUCUUAUAAUGAUUAUGCCACAGGCAUUGAAUGUCAGUGUGUCUUCCAGGGGAAAUAUCAGGAAUUAUCAUUGAUCCUGCAGAGACUAAAUGUCUUAGAAAGUGAAAUGGCUCUGUGGUUUUGGAUGAAUAAUUUGUUAUCUCUGAGUGCCAUGCCUGAUAAACCCCGCAACCUCGAUUAGUUCCAGUUGCCUGUCGUGGGAGCCCAGGGAAAUAAGGGGCUCUUUUAGUGAUCCCUUCACCUCAUUUGAAUUCUGUUAAUUCUAAAGAAGCCAUUUUGUGUGUGUUGAGUAACGUAUAAAAGAUUUGUGCCUGUGGUGGAUAGCUUGAAUAGUUGCAUUGUGUAAAUGUGAAUGGUAGUGGAAAGGUCUUUAGUGAAGAUAGUUGUCCAUCUUCAUGAACAUUUAAGCCAGAUGCAGCUUGUUGAUGAGGAAUGGCUGUUCUGUGGGUUUGCCUGCUUGGGGAAGGUUAUUAAUAGAUAAACUACUCAUUUCCAUGGAGCCAUCUCGCUUUUGAGAGCCCUAAUUUUAAUUAUGUAAGAAAACCAAAGUCCUCUAAUGCACCAAAGUUAGUUGACCUUGUGACAGAGCUGCUUCAUGAUGAAACAUGGAGCAUGUACUUAGUUUUUAUCCUGGUCAAGAACUCCUUCAUGGCUCUGUGUACUGAACUUCUCUGCACCAUGCCCCCCCAAGUUCAGGCAUUUGAAGAGGAGAGAUUUCUUAACAGUAUCGAUGUCAUCAUUGUCUCCCUAUGCUAACCCCUGCAUCUGCUGACAGUACAAACCAAAGCUGCACUGCCAGUUAAUGAAAUUGAUUGCCCUUUCAACUUAGCCUUGUAAACUCUCCCCCUCUCUCCCUCCCCCCUCACCCUUUCUUCUCCCACAUCCCUUAUUUUGCCAAGUAAACUUGAGCAGAAGCUGCAGUUGGUAUUAAGUCCACAACGUUGGUUCCCCUGCGAUCUUUGAAAGCUCCAGAGGGUGGAAGAUGCUCAGAUUGUGUUCCUGUUGUAAAACUGUUCAAAUGCCUGGAUAAACUAAUUAGACGUUGCUCAUUAGCUUUCUUAAAAACUUUCCCUGCCUGUUAUAAAUGGUGUUAAUUUGCCUUUCUUCUGUGGUGUCAAUUUAUCAUGUUCUUUACAUUACUACUAAUAAAAAUAAACCACAACAUAGAGUCUGGUGUAUCUACUUUUACAUGGCAGUUGUAAACAAGUGGCAGCCAAGUAACAAAUUGAUGUAAUAAUAGGCAUCGGUUAGUCUCAUGAGAUCAUGGAUUUGCGCCUUGGAAAGUUUCUAGGGUGCAGGCCUGGGCAAGGUUGUAUGGAAGACCAGCAGUUGCCCAUGCUGCAAGUCUCCCCUCUCCAUGCCACCGAUGUUGUCCAAGGGAUUAGGACCCAAACAGCUUGGCACUGGUGUCGUUACAGAGCAAUGUGUGGUUAGGUGCCUUGCUCAAGGAUGCACACGCUGCCUCAGCCAAGGCUCGAACUAGCGACCUUCAAAUCACUAGACGAACGCCAACACGCCAACACUACAAAGUGGUGUAUGCUGACAAAUAAAUUGUAAUUACAACCCCAGCCUUCAGAAUAUUAUGACAUGAGAAAGUUUUAUUUGCUGCUGUACACAUUCGGUAUUGAGCUUCUCAUAAAAGGGCAUUGCUGCGAUUCUGGAAAUUUGGAAUUGAAAUGUUCCAGGUCAACCAGCAUCUGUUUAGAGAGAAAAUCAGCUGAUGUUUCAGAUCAGUGACUUCUCAUCGGAACUGAAAGUAUACGGUGUGCCCUUGGACAAUAUGAAUGCACACACUUCGUAGCAUUUCUUUCUUUUUACAUUUAUCCAUAAUUUGUAGCUUAAAAUUUACUUGGAUGCCCAUUGUUCAUCCCACUCAUUAGCCAGGGAUAAGAUGGAAUAUGUAGAAAUCAGAACAAUUCCCGUCUUGGCUAAAUGCCUCUCAGGGCCAUUUCACAUGUCUUUUUGAUUACCACCAGCAGUUUUCUUCCUAUAAAAUGAUUUGUUCUUGCAGCAGUUUAAACCAUUUAUAUUGUUGUGGUUUGCUUAAUAAGCAAUGAUACAUAUUCUAGUAGUUGGGAGAAUUUCCUAAACUCCUUAUGAAUAAGAAUCGGCAGCCAAGGCACAAGAAUCUGACUUGAAUUCCAGCUUUUUUGUGAUAUAGGCCAUUCAUUGUUUCAUCCGUAUACUUUAUGUCGCUGUGAAUUGAAUGUGAGACUCUCAUAGUCACUUGCAGCUUCAUACACAGUUUCUCAUAAAGGUGAGACAGGAUGUUCUUCUCCCUAAUCAAAUUGAAUAUAGAAAAGCAAAAUAUUGUGGUUAAAUAAAAUUGGGGGGGGUGGGGGGGAACGAAAUGAAAUGGAGACGCUGAGCAGUUUCUACACCAUGCAGGAGAACAAGUGAUCAAGUGUGCCAGGAAUUCCAGUAUGCAGUGGAUAGAGUGUAGCAGUAGGGCUGUGUGGUCAUCUCCUCUGUGCUCAAGAGGCCGCCGCAGGGCUAAUUGUGAGGAGGAGGGUGAGAGGUACAGCACUGUGGUUGGGAUAGGGAUGGAAAGAUGAAAUAUGAAAGUAAGUUAGUAAUAGUAUCAAAAAUUAUACCAGAAGUUUUUUUUCCAGAUAUAAAGAGUAAAAGAAAAGUGAGAAUAGAUUUUGAACAACUGGAAAAUGGCACUGGAGAGAUUGUGAUAGGAAACAAGGAAACAGUGAAUGAACUGAAUAAGUAUUUUGCAUCAGUCUUCACUGUGGAAGACACUGGGAGAAUGCUGGAAGUUGGAGAGUGUCAAGGGGCAAAAGUGAGUGCAUUUACUAUUACUAGGGAGAUGGUGCUUGGGAAACUGAAAGAUCUGAAGGUAGUUAAGUCACCUGUACUGAUGGUCUACACCCUGGGGUUCAAAAAGAAGUAGAUGAAGAGAUCAUUGAUGCAUUAGUAAUUAUCUUUUGAGAAUCAAUUAGUCUGCCAUGGUUCUGGCAUCCGGAAUGUUUCUGGGGUAAUUAAGGAGCUGUGUGAAGCAAGUGAGGGUGAGUGGGAAGCCAGUGCAGCCAUGUGCUGAACAGAGCCAGAGUGGUGAAUUUAUAGAAUUUAUUCCCACAAAGAGUUAUGAAGCCAAUUUACUGUAUGUAUUUAAGGCAGAGUAAAUGGGGCAAUCAGUGUUUAGGAGAUCAUUAGUGGCACUUCUUGGGAUUGAUGAAACAGCAGCUCAAAUGUAUGAUUGGGAGCUGACCGGAGAUCAGAAUCCACACCUGGAAGAUGUGACUGGCUACCUUCCCCCUCACCCCUGAUACAAGUCCGGGUGUCGCUCAUUUGCUGUCCCACCACUUACAUGGGUACCAUCCAACCAGGUUUCACCCCUAGACAGUGCCAACUGUUCCAUCAUUGUGGCUUCCCAUCUACCCCUCUGGAUGCACCCAACUAACUUGUCAAAGACCUGGAGUUACACCAGUGCCUAUUUGCUCUGGGAGCCCUAGCACCACAGAGACCUGGUGACAUGUCCAUAGAAAUUGUAGUUAUAAUCAAUAAUACCUUCUCAGUAAUAUACUGACAUGCCAAGUCAGCCUUGAUGGCAACUCACUAAUAAACAGUUAACCAAGUACGAAGACAGAUAACUGUAACAGAAUUCUGGCCUCAAAAGGGUUAAAUUCAAUCAUAUUCCCUUCAGCCAGGAUUCCAGUAUACUGCUCCAAAGAGGUCCUAUUGGACCCAUACUCUUCCAGAUGCGGUAGUAACUCAAGGAUCGGUUUGUCCUGUCAGAUGAAUGUAGAAGUAACUACGGCACUACCCAAAGAAAGGGAAAUCAUCUGUGGUAUCCACAUCAAUACUCCCUUCUUGCCCCUGAGUAGACUCUAGGGCCAUAAUUUCAUUCUUGUUUGUGAGAGCUUGCUUCUGCACAGUAGCCACUGAAUUUCCCAUAUUACCAUAGCGGGAACUCUCCAAGAGAACCUCAAUCAAUCUAUCCCACCCCAGUUCACUACCCUUGAACUACAGGAUCAAUCAACUCCUCCAACAGAUUAUGUCUUAAGACCCAAUGCUGUAUGGAAAUACAGAAAAUAGAAUCAUGAAGACCUUAAGAUAUAGCACCAUAAUAAGGCUAUUCAGCCCAUCAAUUCUGCUCUGUCAUUCAAUCAUGGCAGAUUUUUUUCAACCCCAUUCUCUUGCCUUCUCCUUGUAAUCCUUAACUUGUUUAUGUAUUGAGAACCAAUCGUUAUCUACCUUAAAUACAUACAGUGAAUUGGCUUUCAUACCUCUUUGUGGGAACAAAUUCUAUAAAUGCACCACUCUCUGGCUGCAGAAAUGUCUCCUUGUCUCAGUUUUAAAUGGAAAUCCCUUUGUUCUGAGGCUGCGGCCUCAGAUCCCUGACUCACUGACUAAUGAAAGCAUCCUCUCUACAUCUACUCUCCAGGCCUUUCAGUAUCUGAUAGGUUUCAAUGAGAUCCCCGUCAUCCUUCUGAACUCUUUUGAGUUAAGGCCUAGCUACAUCAAACACUCCUCAAGAUUUAAACCUUUCAUUCCCAAGAUUUUUCUUGUGAAUGUUCUGAAAGAUAAAUGUUAAUAAUCAUUUAGAUAUUCUGUUCAGUACUGUACUUGGGAAGUUUAGUCUUUAAUGAUGAAUGAAUAUUUUGAUGGUAAAAGGGUUUAGAUUUGACAGCUGUGGGAUUUUUCCUUGGUAGUCAACCACACCCCACCUCCCACCCCAUCAGCAGGCUAACCUACAAACACAUAGUGGAGGAGCUAGGUGGCACUGUGGUCUAAGCCUUUCAUGUAUUAUUCAUUAAACAUUUUGAUCUGU